AUGGUCCGAGCGCCCGAAUUCGAUGUCGCGGAAGCAGAGGAGCAGUGUGGCGAGCUCCUUUGGAGCCUUUGUUCGCGACUCGAUGGCAGUGCUCAGCAGGCGGAAUGGCCCUUUUUGCGGGACAUCCUGCUGUGGCUCUACGAGAAAUUCCCCCGAAAAAGAGCAGAGCUUCGGGGGGUCAUCGGCAGGCCCUUGAAGAGUGCGGCGCGCUUCGUGCACAAGUCUGCACCAUUGGCUCCACUCAUGCAGGUGUUAGGACCCAUCAUCAGAGGCUUUCAACUUCCCCUGGGUGAGGCUCAAAGAAGGCUGCUGCUGGAAACCUUGCUGCCUCUGCACAAGUCCAAUGAAUGGCUUUGUUGGGACCGGCAAACUCCAAUAGUCUCGAUGUACCACAAGGAGCUGGUGCACUGCAUGCUGUUGAUUUUGGAGAAGGAGCCACGCCUGAGCUGCAAAUGCCUAGAGGCUGUUUGUAACUACUUGCCGCAGUCCCACGAGUCCAACACGCCAAAAGAAGUGCUCUUGAUUGCCGAGCUGGCGGAAAUCACGAAGGUGAUGCAACCCGAGGACCUACAGGGAACCAUGCCCUUACUGGUUCGGCAUAUGGUGAGGUUGUUUACCUCGCAAAAUGCUCAGACCCUUCAAUCUGUUCUCCAGUUCUGGAAGGACGAGCGUGUUUCGCAGUUGUUGAGCCACUUCGCGGAUCAGCUGAUUCCGAACCUUAUGCCCAUGUUGCUGCGUGAUGGGGAGCUCUUUUGGAACCCCACUGUGAACAAGAUGACGUCUCUAGUCCUGGAGAAAUUGGAGGAGGCAGACCCAGAGGUCCUGACCCCCUGCGAUAUCCUGCGAUGGGCUGGCAUCUGGACCCAGAAGAAUGCAUGUCAAGACAAGGUGAAGGUCUACAGUGGGCACCACAGUUGCUGUGAUAUGGGCGGCCAGGGUUUGCUGAAGCCGACCUCCCAAUGUUUUGGACAGUUCCUGACACUUGGAAGACAGCACACCAUUUGCAGUGCAAUUGACUUGCCAGAUGACAUCUUGAAAUUCUUGAAGCACUUCGACUCAUAA